CUGUCACUUGCUGGACGCGUGCGCCGUGAAUCGACAGAGAUGCCGACCGGUAGGUCUGGGGGUUACGAACGGCCGUCACACGUCAUCGAGACAUUGAAGGAUGGCCGUGAUAACGGUUGCCCCGAGCUUCGCUUCGGCGAAGAGGGUUCUUUGGGCGGAUGGAGGGGCAGAGCGGGCUUUGAGAUGGAGUAUGCAAUUCGAUUCGUACUUACCCAUGGCUGGGAGGGAGUCGACUUAUUUUUUUCUUUGGCAACUUAGCCGCUUGAUGGAGGGAAAAUUUCGGCGACGCGACGAUUGGGUGUUGAGGGCCGGCGUCUGUCUAACUGCAGGUGCUCCCGGUUGGGAUGUCGCCUGGUUUGGUAUGGUGGGGGGUGUCGCAGCAGCUGAGGACCACGGUCUCUACACGGCCUCGCGGAACGGACCAAGGAGUAGGUUGGGAAUGGUCUUCAAGGGACGGGAGCUAGGAUCUGGGUCAGCCUCCGGCCAAGUUGGGCAGGCGUGCGUUUGUCCGAGUCGAACCAGGAAGAGUGAAGACGCGCCGCACGACCGAGAACGGGCGGUGGAACCUACGUACGUGCUCAGGCAACGCGGUCAGAGUUGGUCGACUCAAAGGUACAGUGCUAGCGAGAGGCAUUCGGGAACCCAAGUCAAGGCAACUGGCAAGGGUGAGCAAGGCGGACAAACAGGGAGAACGCGUGUCGAACGGCGGCCCAGCAAGCGGCACCGGGAUGCGAGGUUUCUCUGUGGGGUCACUUGGCAGAGGAGGCGUGGAGGCCACGAAUGACACCGCGGGAUUGAGGAUGAGGUUGGUUUGUGUGUGGUGCGGCGGGCAGCACAAAGAAAGUGGGCUGCAGCAGGCUGAUGGCGGACCUUUUCACGGCGUGGAGAGUUGGCCAGAACAGACGGAAGGAAUCGUGGGGAGCAUGGGCCACAUCAGAGUCAGCAAGAAAACGGAGACCAGA